CGUCCUCUCUUCUGGAAAAAAAGGCGCACUCAACGCAACAGCACCAGAGUGACGCGCCGCACACACUCUCCUUUCUCUUUUUGGGGGGGGGGGUGUCCGCACACUUUUAGUGGCGGGCUGCACUGGACGCUUGUUUGUCCGACGGCCCUUGAAGGCAGCAAAGACGCCCAAAGAAGAAGAAGCCACGAAAGGAGUAGAAGAAGAAGGAGGAGAAGAAGAAAAAGAACAAGGAGGAGAAGAGGAGGACCAACUCUGGCCGCGCUGUUUGGAAGUUGCAGCGUGGAAAAGGGAGAAGAAAAACAAGGAGGAGGAGGAGAAGAAGAAGAGUUCCUCCAAAGGCGCAUCUGCUCCCGACCUGACAGAGAGAAACUUCGCAAAAAAGGGCCUGAAAGACACACGCAAUUGUCCCGUCUCCAUGCGGUGCUGAGGAAUGAGCAUUCGCCAUGGAAACCCAGUCCCAGGCCAGUUCCGCAGCUGAGAAGAAGAAGAGGGUGGAGACCAUCGUGGCGACCAAGGGCUCGUCGGCGCGCAAUGACAUCAGCGAGAAGGCGGUGGCCUCCAGCACUACGUCCAACGAGGACGAGAGCUCGGGCCCGCCGUACCACCGCGAGAGGCGCAACGCCCUCAUCUCGGAGCGCGGCGCCAGCGAGGAGCCCUCCACGUCCACCGAGGAGCGGCCCUCGCCGCUCAAGAAGGAGCUGCACGGCUCGCUGCCACACCUGGCCGAACACGCCCUGCCCUACCGGGGGACUCUCUUCGCCAUGGACCCUCGCAACGGCUACCUGGACACGCACUACCCCGCACCUCAGUUCUUCCCGGCCUUCCACCCGCCGGUGCCCAUCGACGACAGACACGCGCAGGGUCGCUACAUCUACGAGCCGUCGCCCGUGCCGCCUCUCCACGUGCCUCCGGCGCUGGCGGGCAGUCCGGCCUUCUCGGACAUCUCCCUCAUCCGCAUCUCGCCGCAGCGCAACCCUUCGGUGGGGGCCGAGUCUCCCUUCCACCCGUCGCACCCGUACAUCAACCCCUACAUGGACUACCUGCGUUCCCUGCAACCCCUGGCCAGCCCGUCCAUCUCCGUGCUGUCGGCCACCAGAGGCCUCAGCCCCGCCGAUGGAACUUGUGUGUGUGCAGCACCCCAUGCUGGCCUGACUCCUUCCGAAUACUACCACCAGAUGGCGCUGCUGGCGGGCCACCGCAGCCCUUACUCGGCCGACUUGCUCCCGUCCGUGACCUCGGCCGGGGCGAGCGCCGCUGGCGCCCUGCACAUGGAGUACCUGCAGGCCAUGGACAGUUCUCGCUUCUCGAGCCCCAGGCUGCCGUCGCGGCCCAGCAGGAAGCGACCGCUGCCCAUCUCGCCCCUGUCGGAGCACAGCUUCGACCUGCAGACCAUGAUCCGCAACUCGCCCAACUCGCUGGUCACCAUGCUCAACAAUUCACGCUCCAGCUCUUCCACCAGCGGAUCCUACGGACACCUGUCGGCCGGAGCCAUCAGCCCGGCGUUGAGCUUCGCCUACCCGCCCACGCCGGUGGCCCUACAUAUGCACCAACAGCUGAUGGGCCGCCAGCCAGGUUUGGCGGGUUCCGCCUUCGGCCACAGCCCGCCGCUCAUCCACCCGACGCCGGCCUUCGCUACCCAGAGGCCCGUUUCUGGCUUCGCUGCCGCAGCCGCCGCCGGGCUGGCCGCCGCCGAGCGUUCGGCCAUCUCGGGCGACUCUUCGCAGGCGAAACCCACCAGCGAGUCGGCGGUGAGCAGCACGGGCGACCCCAUGCACCACAAGCGUUCCAAGAUGAAGCCGGAGGAGGAGAUGCCCAGCCCGGGCGCGCUCAGCAUGCAGGAUCACCCCGACGGCAUGACGCUGGUCAAGGAGGAGGGCGACAAGGACGACGGCAAACAAGAGCCCGAGGUGGUCUACGAGACCAACUGCCACUGGGAGAACUGCUGCCGUGAAUUCGAUACCCAGGAGCAGCUCGUGCAGCACAUCAACAACGACCACAUCCACGGCGAGAAGAAGGAGUUUGUGUGUCGCUGGGAGGACUGCUCCAGGGAGCAGAAGCCCUUCAAGGCCCAGUACAUGCUGGUGGUCCACAUGCGGCGGCACACCGGCGAGAAGCCUCACAAGUGCACGUUCGAGGGCUGCGCCAAGGCUUAUUCCCGUCUGGAGAAUCUCAAGACCCACUUGCGCUCGCACACGGGCGAGAAGCCGUACGUGUGCGAGCACGAAGGCUGCAACAAGGCCUUCUCCAACGCCUCGGACCGAGCCAAGCAUCAGAACCGUACGCAUUCAAACGAGAAACCGUACGUGUGUAAGAUCCCCGGCUGCACCAAGCGCUACACGGACCCCAGCUCCCUGCGCAAACACGUGAAGACGGUACACGGUCCCGAGGCGCACGUCACCAAGAAGCAGCGCGGGGACUACCCGCGGCCCCCCGCGCAGCCCCGCGAGCCAGGCGCCAACGGCCACGGACCGCUGGGCCUGGGCGGCUACACGGACCAAAGGGAGUUCAGCAACCACGUUACCUCCAAGCAGGACGACUGUCUGCAAGUCAAGUCCAUCAAGACAGAGAAGCCCAUGACGUCUCAGCCAAGCCCUGGCGGUCAGUCUACAUGCAGCAGUGACCAGUCCCCCGUCAGCAUCUAUUCCAGCGGUGGAGUCCAGCUUACUGUGAGCGCCGGACGCUCGCCAGGGGAAGAGCUGGACGAAGAGGAAGAGGAAGAGGUGGGCCAUCGGGGCGGGCCGGCACCCGUCAUGGACUCUACCGUCUCUACGGCAACGGUGGCCGCGCUGACCCUGCGGGCGAGGCGCGGUGUAGGACGCCCCCUGCGCUGGAUGGAGCACCUGAAGAUGGAGAGGCUGAAGCAGGUGAACGGAACAACGCCUGGCCCGGGGCCCCUGGCUCCCACGCCGCCCCCCAAGGGGUCCAUGCUUGCGGGCAUCCAGGGGAAGGGAUGCUGUCUGGGCAAGCAGUGGACGUCAGUCGCUCCUCAACCGCCUGCUCUCCCCGAGCUGGGCGGCACGACCGAGUUAACGGUGCUCAACUUGCUGCGGGACCGGCGCGACAGCAGCGGGAGUGCCGCGAGCUCGGCCUACCUGAGCAGCAGCCGGCGCUCCUCGGGCAUCUCGCCGUGCUUCUCCAGCCGCCGCUCCAGCCAGGCGUCACAAAGCGAUGGUGCGGCAGCCGCCUCCCGCCACCGCCGCCGCCACAAUCUCAGCUCCACCGACUCGUACGACCCCAUCUCCACCGACGCCUCCCGCCGUUCCAGCGAGGCUAGCCACUAUGGAAGCGGGGCAAUGGGAAGCGCCGGCGCACUUUCAGGUGGUCUUUGUGGCGGCGCGGGGGGUAGCGCGGACCUCGGGGGCUUCAGGGGGAUGCUCACUUUAACCCCAGCGCAGCACUACCACCUGAAGGCCAAGUACGCUGCCGCAACCGGCGGACCUCCCCCCACGCCACUACCUAACUUGGAGCGCAUGAGCCUUAAAGCCCGCAUGGCCAUGAUGGACGAAGGCGGGGCCAACCAGCCGUUGCCGCCCCUCGUCGGGCCGCACCGCUGCUCCGAGACCACCAACGGUUUGGGUGCGCAUUCGGGCUACAGGAGGAGGGUCUUCUACCCCGGUGAGGGACCCGCGGCAGCCAACCGGAGGGCCAGCGACCCGGUGCGGACGCAACCUUCCGACGUUUGCGCUCUCCCUCCCGUGCAGCGCUUCAACAGCCUGAGCAACCUCCACCCUCUUCCACCUCUAUCCCACCACCAGCAGCAGCCACAUCCCCUCGACAUGCGCAACUUGAACCUGCAGAAUUACACCCGCUCCGAGGGGAACUUGCAGAGGGGUUCGCAGCACCCAACGUACUCCUCGAGCAUCGCCGAGCACGUCGCUUUGGAAGCUCUGGCAAUGGAGGGCGACGGGGAGGUGUACUCUUUACUCGGAGAUGAAGAUAUACUUCCAGAUGACAUGGUGCAGUAUCUCCGCUCCCAAGUCCAGGCAGACGGUGGACCAUACGUGCACAUUGAGGACCAAAUCGUCUCUGAGAGCUCGCAACACUCCAUGGAGGGCACGGAGGUGAUGAACUUCCAGGCCAACGAUUGCCUCCAGCAGCAGCAGCAGCAGCAGAUGGUCCAGAGGAGGAGCCCCAGCUUGCUUCCCAUCCAGUGGAACGAAGUGAGCUCGGGUAGCGCCGAGCGCUCUCCACAGAGGGAUCGCCACUGCUCGAGGUGGUCCGGCGGGCAGGCCUCGUCGGAGCCUUUCGGCAGGUUUGGAAACAUGGUGGUGCAGCAGAACGCGCCGCCGGCUUUCCAAAACGGUUGCUCCCAGGCCAACCAGACGCAAGGCGCUGCGCUAGUGAAGCUGGAGACAUCCCCCAACAUGUGUAUGGAGACCAGAGGAGUCGCACCCAAUGGCUUGGCCAGGCCUCACUUCCCCAAGGCCACUGAUGGACCUCUAACGCACCAAGCUUCCAGAACGCAGAACCACUUCCAGCAGAACAUCAACACCAGGGUCUCUUGCCAUCCCUUGACUCGGGCCUCCAUAAACAAUCUCCAAAGCUUCUCCCACGAUAAAGUACAUCAUCCCAAUCAGCAAGGCCCACGCCCGCCUGUCAACACUUACUGGAACUCGAUGAGGAACCCUCUCAACCCCAGAAGCUGCACUGAAGUCCCGCAACUGCAGAAUUGCGGGAAUCUCUGUUCCCUGAAACUGGAGGCUCCAGAACAUGGAUACCUCCAGCAAGGCUUUGGUGAUCCCACUUCCUACCAGCAAACUGAUCUCAAGUCAGCCCCAUUCCCCACCGUGGAAGACCACUACUUGCUGGACUCCGGCAGCGGUCCGGGUGACUCCGUCUCCCUGCUGUCUCCUGCGUCCGACCAAGUGACCAGCACGGUGGAAGGCGGGGCCAUCGACGGCGGGACGUUGGCCGGGGGCGCCCUGGACGACGCCGUCGCUCUGGACUUUGGCGUUAUGAUGGAGGACGGCUUCGACCAAGGCAGCCUGGUGUCGGGCCCGUUGAGCCCCUCUGUUUUGCAAGGUCUGUCCAGGACGUCGUCGCGGCUGACCACCCCUCGGGCGUCGGCCACCUUCCCGGCCGCCGUGGCCCCCGGCGUCAACAACAUGGCCAUCGGCGACAUGAGCUCCCUCCUCAGCAGCCUUGCAGAGGAGAGCAAGUUCCUCGCCAUCAUGCAGUAGUCCCCACUCUUCUCCUCUUUCUCCUCUCGGGAAAAAAAAUGGUGUAUGUGAAGGGAAAACAUGGAAUGAAAAUGAUGUAUAAAAUAAUAAUAUUCCUCUUUUCGGGAAUGAAGGCUGUUUUUCAAGCCCUUCUUUUUUUUGACAAUGUUCACUUCAAACAGUAUUCUUGCGUAUUGUCACUGUUUUUGCUGGACACAUUGUUGGGAAGAAAACAACAACAAUAUAGGAAACUGAGUAAUAACGUAUGUACAUACGAACAUGUAUGUAGUCAAGCAGAGUCACAAAUAUUUGGUCAUUUCACAUCACACUUUUGUCAAAUUUAGAGAGUUCAAAUUUAGUAGUAUUCAGAUAAAAUAUCUCAAAGUUUGUUUUUAAUGAUCCCGGGAAACAGCCAAAUUGAUUCUGAAAUGGCCGCUUCCAAGAAAAAUGUUCUUUUCAGGCUCAGCUUCUUGAGACAUUUUUGGGGCGUGAGUUGUACCAAAUUUUAAGAUGCUAGGCAAAACUGUCUUUGCAGGAUAAAAUUAUCAAGUGUUUGUUUGCUGGUUGCAUCAUGUUUUGACAAAUUCAGGAAGAGUUCCUGAUGGGGAAAAGGUUUCCCAGACCAGUGUUUCUAGCCAGUGAUGUUUUUAAGAGAAAGUACUGUGCCAAAAAAAAAAAAAAGGAAGGAAGGAAAAAGAAAACUCGGCUAAAACAAUCAAGUGUUAUGGUUGAAUUUGUCUGGUGCGGUACACCAGUGUAUAUAGUCGAACAGUGUUUUUAUAUUCUCCUUUUUCAGGUGCUUACUCACAUAUGUACUUUUGUCUUACUGGACGCUGACGCUGGUCCAACAGCACAUGACUUUUUUUUUUUUUUUUAAUCCUGUACAGUGAUGUUUGAUUAUUUUUUUAUGAUUUUGUCUUCUCCAAAGCUCUUAAAUUCCGAAUGUGUACCGCCGUCAAGUAUUGCCGAGACGUCGUCGCCAGUGUUAGUCUUAUAUUGUUGCUUUGCCUUUUUUUUUUUCCAUUUUCAAUUUGUACGUGUCCGUAAUAACAAAAGUAGUUCAGCAUAAAAGCAUUGAGGUACAAUUUUUUUUUUGUCUGGUACGUUUUUAUCGCAGGGCAUUGUUUUUUUCUUUUGUUUUAUUGAAUAAUGGGGAAAAAAAUGAACUAUUUCCUUUUAAAGAAGGAAAAUUGCAUUGAGGUAUGUGCCUUAUACGUUUCAGUAAAGAGAAGAAACACUGCCAAUCUUACAUUGUGAAUAAUGAAGAACAAAAAAAACUAAACGUGAAAAAAAUGAGCAUUUAUAUGAAAAGAAAAAUGUCGAGUUAUGGAAAAAGUCCAGAUUUGUCAAAUGCAUUCUCAUUUCAUUUUGUUUCCACAAGUUAGUGCUUUUUUUUUUUUAUUUUUUUUUUUUUUUAAAUCUCUAUAUAUGAGCAUACAUAUCUAUAAAAAAAAAAGUGUCCAUAUGUUACGCUUUGUGUAGGAAAAAAGGAAAAAGGGGAAUGAACAUCCUGGGGGCCAGCAGGGGCGUCUGGGCCCUGUGCUGGAGGGGGUUGGGCCUCCCUCAUCGGCCCAGCUGGCCAGAGGGGCCGCUCGCUCGCUCGCUCGCUCAGUUAUUUUAUAACUUGACUCCAAAUGUUUGUAUGGUUUUAAUAAAAAUGGAAAUUAUAUUUGA